GGCCCGGUGGACUUGGUCAAAUUGAACAUCCACAGGACACCUCUGGCCAAGUAUCUGUGUUUGGCAAGAGUGUGGAGUAGGGCUCCGGUAGGCCCGAAUCCUGAUGUUUUGGCAAGGGCUGCGGUUUUCGAGGUCUUCUACCUGGAGGUGCAAG